ACUAUGAUGUUGAUUAAUUCCCACAACUUACUUGAGCUUGUUUACUUUACUCACUAAUUAAUAUAUUCUAGAACGCAGCAUAUAUUCACAACACGCAUAGUGUAUAAAUAAACUAGUUAACGGACUAAUUAAACAUUAUCUAACACAUUAAAAGAUUAAAAGAUAAAUUCACCUCGUAUGAUGUCGGUUGUAAGGGAAGGAUAUGUCAAACGAUACAGUAAGAGUUUGUUAAAAGGUGGUUGGAAGGACAUAUAUUUGAUGCUGUACUCGGACAGCACGCUCCUGGCUUUCAAAAGACACGGUGAUGGUAACCCCAAAGUUCGAAUCUGCAUGAGGGAUGUUUGUAAACAUUUUGCCUAUGGUGAGCAUGCAGCCAGAAACUUUCGUAAUUUGCCUCCUCUAUCACCCGGUGCUGAUAUCUCGUGUAUCCUCGCCAUACCCGAGAGACCUAACAGACAUUCAAAACCGCACUUUUUCUUGAUGCAAAAUGGACAAGAUAUGCAUGAAUGGAUGUCGGCAAUAUGUUCAACAAUUGAUCAAAGUGCUCGUAUGGGACAGGAGCAGAAUUAUUUUCAACCAACACCAUACAAUUAUGGACCACAAUAUGGGGGCGCAUGUUCAACACAACCCAGGGGAUAUGGAGGUCCAGUUUCCAGUGGUCAGUAUCCCUCGCAGCAGCCAGUAUAUCAAACUUAUCAAGGCUAUCCAACACACCAACCAGGAUACCCCCAACAACAAUCAUAUGGUUACCAGCAACCGGUUCAAGGUCAUUCUCAAGGUCAUCAUAAAAAGGGUGGCGGCUUUCCGGGAGGAAAAGCAGGCAAAAUUGCAGCAGGUUUGCUAGGUGGCGCUGCGUUAGGGUAUGGCGCGAAGAAGAUGCUUGGAGGUUUUGGGAAGUUUGGGAUGGGUCGAUCCGGAAGUUGGAGUUCAUUUGAUAGUUUCGGAAGUGGUGGAAGUUGUGGGAGUUUCGGCAGUUUUGAUUAAUAUUACUAUUUAUUGGAUAAUCUAUCUCCGAGAUUGCAGAAAGUUGCUGUUUUCAUGUCAAACAUCAAAAUGCAUUAUUAGAUAAUAUAGGUGCUUCUCUGGGGUAUAAAUUCCUAAUAACAUGAGAUUUGAAAGUCUUAUAUAGAUCAACGUGGGAGAAAAUGAAAACAUGCAAAAGAUAAUAAAGAAAUGUACUCAGAAUUUAAUUGAAAAUCGAUUUUGUGUGAGAUUCUUAGCGCGAUAUGAUUUAAUGAUUAUCAUUUUUGGGUCAUUUAGCAUAAUUAAAAUGAUUAUUCUGAAAAAAAACGGAAUGAGCGUAUAAUUUAAAAUUUUGCAAACUGGUCACUGGUCUAGAUCUACAUCAAACACUUGAAGACUUGAAAAAAAUAUAUACUAGUACAUGUAUCCAUGCUGUCAAACUUUGUGUCAUGCCUAACAUACAAAAUAAUGAAAGCAAAUAAUAAUCAUUAAAUAAAACCAUGUAGAAAUCAAAUUACAGAGGUAUGUUCCUGGCAAAUCAUUUUAUUUAUUACCUUUAAAGGGACCCAAUUUUAUGCAGAUUUUAAACAAAAACUUGUGUGCGAAAGUCCAGAUCACUCGCUCACUCCGUUUUUUCCAGAAUAAUUUUUAAUUGUGAAAAAUGUCCAAAACUGAAAAGCGUUGCAACGCUUUUCUCUCCAAUCGAGGUCUGAAUAGCACACACAUACGAUUUCUAAUUUAUUUCCGAGUACAUUUCUUAAUUAUAUAUUGAAUGUCUUUCUGUUUUAAAUGCCUUAGCUGAUCUAAUUUUAUGAUUUUAGUCUUUUAGGCCUCAGUGGUGUUCCUUUAAAUGUAACAUUAAAUCGUUAUUACCAUAUGUAGUAAAGUAAUGUAAAAUGUAUUUAAGCGUAAAUGAUAACACAACAACUAGAUGUUCAAAUGGCUUAGAGAUACACUGCACAUGUAAAGUAUUAAACGCCGUUGACAGAUGCUUUAUCAGUUAGACAAUGUUAUUUAUAAAUAAAACUUUAAUGUU